AUGGCCACGGCGCGGCAGUCGAGCAGCAACUCCGCGGCGCAGGAUGCCGGGUCGUCGCUCGAGGACUUGCCCAAGUCCUGGACUUUUACGCAGUCGCUCCCGCCUGACGCGUUGUUUCCGACGCCGGCCGACUCCCACAAGACGCCCCGCGAGCAGAUCGGCCCGCGACAGGUCCGCAACGCCCUCUUUACGUGGGUGCGCCCCGAGGAGCAGAAGGACCCUGAGCUGCUAGCCGUAAGUCCCGCGGCCCUGCGCGACCUGGGCAUCAAGGAGAGCGAAGCCAAGACCGAGGACUUCCGCCAGUUCGUUGCCGGUAACAAGCUGUACGGAUGGGACGAGGAGAAGCUGGAAGGCGGCUACCCGUGGGCGCAGUGCUACGGAGGCUUUCAGUUUGGACAGUUUGCUGGCCAGCUCGGUGACGGGCGGGCCAUUUCGCUGUUUGAGACGACGAACCCGGCGUCCGGCACGCGCUACGAGCUGCAGCUCAAGGGUGCCGGCCUGACGCCUUACUCGCGCUUCGCCGACGGCAAAGCCGUUUUGCGAUCGAGCAUCCGCGAAUUUGUCGUCUCCGAAGCCCUGAAUGCGCUGAAGAUCCCCACGACCCGGGCCUUGUCGCUCACGCUGCUGCCGCACUCCAAGGUGAGGCGCGAGACCAUCGAGCCGGGAGCCAUCGUCCUGCGUUUCGCGCAGUCGUGGCUGCGACUGGGAAACUUUGACAUUCUGCGUGCGCGGGGAGACAGGAACCUAAUCAGGAAGCUCGCCACGUACAUCGCCGAAGAUGUCUUUGGGGGGUGGGAAACUCUCCCCGGUCGGCUUGCCAACCCCGACAAGCCAGACCAGUCGCCGGCGCCAAAUCGUGGUCUUGGGGCAAAGGACAUUGAGGGACCGGAUGAGACGGCCGAGAACAGAUUCACGAGGUUGUACCGCGAGAUUGUGAGGAGGAACGCUCGCACGGUUGCUGCAUGGCAGGCAUAUGGCUUUAUGAAUGGCGUCUUGAAUACGGACAACACGUCCAUUUACGGCUUGUCGAUAGACUUUGGACCGUUUGCGUUCAUGGAUACCUUUGAUCGCUCCUACACGCCCAACCACGACGACCACAUGUUGAGAUACAGUUACAGCAACCAGGUCACCAUCAUCUGGUGGAAUCUUGUCCGCUUCGGAGAGGCGAUUGGCGAACUCAUGGGCGCCGGAGCCAAGGUAGACGACGAGACAUUCGUCUCUGAAGGUGUCAAGGAGGGCCAAGAGGAGGACAUUGUUUCCCGGGCGGAGAAGCUCAUUAUGCAGACCGGCGAGGAGUACAAGGCUACCGCCCUUGCGGAGUACCAGCGGCUCAUGACUGCUCGCCUGGGCCUUCGGGAGGCCCAGAAGUCGGACUAUGACGAGCUCAUCAGCACCAUUUUCACAAUUAUGGAGACGCUCGAGUUGGACUUCAGCCACUUCUUCCGCCGCUUGAGCGGCCUCAAGCUGGAGGACCUCUCUACCCCGGAGGCCCGGAAGGAGAAGGCCUCCGUCUUCUUCCAUCAAGAGGGCCCGCCGAAGACGGUCACCGAGAAUGAGGCCCGAGAUCAGCUCGCCACUUGGCUGGACAAGUGGCGGUCAAGAAUCAUCGCCGACUGGCAGGACGGGGAGGGAAGCGUGUCCUCGGCUAGAGACCAGGAGCGCAUCCAAGCCAUGAAGCAGGUCAACCCCAACUUUGUCCCUCGCGGCUGGAUCCUGGACGAGGUCAUCCGACGCGUCGAGAAGGACGGCGAAAGGGAUGUCCUGGAUCGCGUCAUGCACAUGGCGCUCAACCCAUUCGAAGAGGCGUGGGACGGGAAGUCCUUCGAUGGUGCUACGUGGAAGGGCGACGCCGAGGAGGAGCAACGAUGGGUCGGCGAGGUGCCCAGGACGGAACGGGCCCUCCAGUGUAGCUGCAGCUCAUAG